AUGAUCCCCCUCGAGGAAACUGACAUACGCACGAAGGAACUGAUCAUGACUGCCGACAAGUACAUUCUUCCCGUCUACGCGCGCCCACCAAUGGUCCUGGACCAUGGAAAGGGUGCAUGGGUGUGGGAUAUCGCGGGACAAAAGUACCUUGACUUCACCGCAGGCAUUGCGGUGAAUGCACUAGGGCAUGGGGACGAGGGUGUUGUCGAGGUCAUGCGCACCCAAGCCAGCAAAAUCCUACACGCCUCGAACGUCUACCAUAACGAAUGGGCUCCUCCGCUUGCGUCCCUGCUCGUUACUCUCACGCAGGCCGAGGGAGGUCUUGGCUACCCGGCCAACAACCCAGCGCCCUCUCCUGCACCUGGUGCCAAAGUCUUCUUCGCGAAUAGUGGAUCCGAAGCGAAUGAAGGAGCACUGAAAGUUGCUCGCAAGGUCGGAAAAUCACGAGGACCUGCCGAUGGGUCCAAGUCCGAGAUCGUAUCCUUUGAAUCCUCGUUCCACGGUCGCACGCUCGGUUCGCUCUCCGUUACGAACAACGCGAAGUAUCAGGACCCGUUUAGGCCGCUCUUGCCUGGAGUGAAGGUGGGUAAGGUGAACAAGACCACGGGCGCGGAGCUGGAAGAGCUUGUGAAUGAGAACACUUGUGCUGUCAUCUUGGAACCGAUCCAGGGCGAGGGUGGGGUAAACGCGGCUGAUGUAGCUUGGGUGGAAAAAUUGGUUACGCGCGCGCGGGAGGUCGGGGCUAUAGUCAUAUUUGAUGAGAUCCAGUGCGGGCUCUACAGAACCGGCUCCUUGUGGGCCCACUCGACAUGGCCAAUCUCUUGCCAACCUGACAUCGUGACCAUGGCAAAGCCUCUUGCAAAUGGAUACCCUAUCGGAGCAGUCAUGAUGCGUGAUGCCGUUGCGGAAGUUAUGACUGCGGGUACGCAUGGGACGACUUUCGGAGGAGGCCCAUUGGCCUGUGCGGUCGGAUAUCACGUCCUGAGUCGUCUGAGUGAGCGAGCGUUUGUCUCUCACUUGAUGGAGACCUCGACGUAUCUGCUUGGGCGGUUAGAGAAGCUGUCAGCUUGGUAUCCGGAACUGGUGGCGCCGAAAAUCCGCGGAAGGGGGAUGAUACUCGGGCUGGUGUUCAAGAGGGAAGGUGACCCAGGACGACUCGUCGAGCUCGCACGGGAGCGAGGGGUGCUGUUGCUCACCGCUGGGAAGGACUGUGUGAGGCUGGUACCGAGUUUGAACAUCACCCAGGCCGAAGCAGGACAAGCGGUGGAUGUGAUUGAGAGCUGUCUGUCGGUGAUGGAAUAG